GGUGGCGGCGCUUGGCGCGGUAGCUUGAAAGCGCUUUCCGGGUUUUCGGUUGUUGGGGUUUAUUUGAUCCGCGUGUGGAGUCCGAGGUUGCCCCACAGGAACAGAAUGGAAGGAGAAUUGAGUAGACUGGAAAUUCACACUCCAGUUUUUGACAAGAAAAAGAAAAAGUACUCUGUAUAUAAGGAAGGCCAUCUGAGGCAUCCCCAUGAAAGUGUCAGAGACUCCCCCCUGGCAAGCGAGCCGUCUCACGGAACCAAGAGUAAAAAAAAAAGAAAGGAUCGCCAACAUCUUCUUCCUCCCCCUUUGGAAAAAUCAGAAAUUUGUGAUGAGAUGGAGAAGGCCACUUCUAAACCCAAAAAGAAUAAAAAGAAAAGGCUUAAGGCUUCAGAGAUGGAUGAGCAAACAGGUGUGGUGUAUGUCGUGGUGGAUAAAGAAAAUAUUGAGAACACACCAAAGAAUUUUAGGAGGGACGUUGACGUUGUAUAUGUUGACGUGAGCCAGGAACAGAAGCCAACAAAAGAGUCUGAAGCAGACGAACCGCACUCAGUUCCAAAGUCACAGAAGAACGAGUCGGAAGAGCUGCACCAUAAAGUUAGGGAGAGAAAGAGGAGAAAACAUCAGAGGCACAUGGCCUCCUGGGGUGCCGAGCAGGAGAGCCUUGCCGCCCUGCCUGAGUCGGAGCCCUGGGAGCAGGAAACCCCACUUUCUGUGGGCCCAGGAGGCGGAAUCCCACAACACCCAGUAUCAGCUGAUAAAAAAAAGUCUAAGAAAAAAAAGCGAAAAAUUGCACAUGACCAGGAACUGGAGGCAUUGCCCGGGCAUGAGAGUCUCGAAGUCACGUACUCUGAGGGAUGGCAAGGGGUCAGCAAGGUCGGGACUGCAGAAGGCAGUAAGGAAGCCGGCCGGGUAAAGAAAAAGUCUAAGAAAAGGAAGCGAAGGGCUUCUGUUGAAGGUCCUGUAACUCCUGGGGGUGAUUUUGCAGCGCCUGCUGCAAGCUUUGAGGACACACACUCGGAUUCACUGGAACGUAGCAGUGCCCUGAUUGAAGAAAGCGCGAAACCCAGGCCACAGGAGAAGAAAACCCAGGCCUGUUUGGGAGAGGAGCAGAGGUCGGAACCGACAAAUGAAGAGGAAAGCCGUUUGGAAUUGGCCAAAGGUUCCAAAACAAGAUACUUAUCAGAAGACUCGAGAGAUUGGGGUGACUCGGAUGUGGACUUGGACUCCGCCGUAAGGCAGCUCCAGGAGUUCAUCCCGGACAUCAAGGAGAGGGCCGCCACCACCAUCAAGCGGAUGUACCGGGAUGACUUGGGGCGGUUUAAGGAGUUUAAAGCCCAGGGUGUCGCUAUUAGAUUUGGCAAGUUUUCUGUAAAGGAAAACAAGCAGUUAGAGAAAAACGUGCAAGACUUUCUGUCCCUGACAGGAAUUGAGAAUGCCGACAAGCUGCUGUACACAGACAGAUACCCAGAGGAGAAAUCUGUGAUCACCGACUUAAAAAGAAAAUACGCAUUUCGAUUGCAUAUUGGAAAGGGCAUUGCCCGGCCUUGGAAACUCGUUUACUAUCGAGCAAAGAAGAUGUUUGAUGUCAACAAUUACAAAGGGAGGUAUAGCAAAGGAGACACAGAGAAGUUAAAGAUAUACCAUUCCCUGCAUGGGAACGACUGGAAAAAGAUCGGCGAGAUGGUCGCUCGGAGCAGCCUCUCUGUCGCCCUGAAGUUCUCCCAGAUCAGCAGUCCAAGAAAUCAUGGUGCUUGGAGUAAGACGGAAACCCAGAAACUAAUCAAGGCCGUCGAAGAAGUGAUUCUAAAGAAAAUGUCUCCCCACGAGUUAAAGGAAGUGGAUUCUGAACUCCAAGAAAACCCCGAAGGCCGCCUGUCCAUCGUGAGGGAGAAACUCUAUAAGGGCAUAUCUUGGGUAGAAGUAGAAGCCAAAGUAGAAACCAGAAAUUGGAUGCAGUGUAAAAGUAAGUGGACGGAAAUCCUAACCAAGAGGAUGACGAACGGUCGGGACGUGUACCGCGGAGUUAACGCCCUACAGGCCAAAAUCAACCUCAUCGAAAGACUGUAUGAGAUCAAUGUGGAGGACACGAACGAGAUAGACUGGGAAGACCUUGCUAGCGCCAUAGGUGAUGUUCCUCCGUCCUAUGUUCAAACUAAAUUUUAUAAGCUGAAAGCUACCUGUGUUCCCUUUUGGCAGAAGAAGACUUUUCCAGAGAUUAUAGACUACCUUUACGAGACCACCCUGCCUCUGCUUAAGGAAAAGUUAGAGAAGAAGAUGGAGAAAACGGGUACCGAAAUCCAGAGUCCCGCGGUGCCCAGGCAAGUCUUCCUGUUCAGAGACAUCUUUUAUCUUGACGACGACAGUGAGGGAGAAGACGGGGAGGAGCGGAGAUAGGGGACGGUGUUGUGUCCUGUCCGCCUCUCCAGGUUUGGUUGGGUUCCUGUGCCUGGGGCAGAGCAGCUGCUUGCAGGACUGGUGUUUAGUAGAGAAGGGGCGGCGGCCAGAGGAAGGGGACGGCGGCCAUGCUUCUUGUUACGGAGCCUCCGGAGUGACUCACCCAUUCAGACUCUGGUGUGUUUGCACGCACGGAGGAAGGGGAGCCUCGGAGUUGGUUUGCUACAGCUGGACCACUGAGGACAAGCACAACCGGUGGACUUUAUGGAACAGUGUCCCCCGUCCCUCUCGUUGUGGCAGAGGGUAGAGUCACGUCCCGUGAACGUUCCUGUGGAUUUCACCGCAUGCACGCUCCCCAAAAGGGGGACCGCUGACAGUUUUAGUAAGGCACACCAGCAGGUUCCUUUCCGUUUUCCCAUUUGUUAUCUCUGUUCCCAGAGUAUGUGAGUGCGGGAUAAGCAUUGUGAGGGCGUGGAUCUGCUGGUCUCUCAAACCGGCUUCUGUUGGCACGUCCCUGACUUGGUGCGCGGAGCUCCUCUUCCUCACGUGUUUUGCAUACAAGAUGCCUUCUCGAAGCCAGUCGCUGAGUUUGUCUGGUGUUCCAGCUGGAAAAAAAAAAAAAAACCAAACCACAAACCCAGCAGUCUCUUCCACUGCUUCCAGAAAAUCUGGCUCUGUUACACUUAUGGAAGGAUGCCACGUGGGUCUAAGGCACAGCUCACACCUCUCGGAAUUGCGAAUCGCAAGGAUAAUUUACAUGUUGGGCUAUUCUGUCAAGUCGGGCAAACGAAACCACUCUAGGUGUUUCAAACAGAGAAGGAUUUAGUGCAGGAAUUAGGUUACAAAAUUGUUAAACAGGAUUGAGCGCACGUGGGAAGGCUGACUUCCGGAGCCCUGGGGGACUAGGGGAGUUGCUGCAGCCCCUGAUGUGCCCCCAUCCCGGUCCCGCCCCCACCACUGCUGCCUCUGCCAUCUCUGGGUUGUGUCCUGCCUCCCUCCUGCCUUCCAGCGUCUCCCGAGUGCCUCCCAUGGGCCGCCCCUCAGCAGAACCCUGCCGGCAAGGGGAAGGAGCGUUCCAGGCUCCUGGCCACACGUGAACAUGGAAGGAAGGGCGAGUGAGCGAGAUCCCAGGCAGCCAUGUCCCCAUCUGUGCCAAGACAGAACUCCACCAUCUCCUGAGAGUUCUGCCUGAUGUCAUUUAUCUCACAUCAUGAUGUGUGUGCCGUCUGUUAAUUUCAUCCACAAAGCUAGACAUUUUUCCAAAGCAGCCGUACUUGGAGAAGGAAGAAUACAGAGACAAGUCUAGGAGGCUGGCCAGCGGCAUGUCGCCAGCGGCAUGUCCCCAGCACCUGUCACCCUGGUUGCACGCGUAAGAGACAUUCAGUACAUAUGCAGCAAACAACUGGGAUAUUUCUUUUUAGCACGCAUUUUACCUUUAGUCACUUCCUGUCUGUCAAAUCUGCCCCAUGAAGACGGGAAUGAAAGUUCCUUUUGGAGGACAGUCCAGUGAAAUAUAUCAGAGCCUUAAGAAUGUAUUUUAUGAUCUAGCGAUUUCAUUAUAGAGAUAAAGCAGAUUCACUUUCCAGAAAUAAAAAAACUCGUGUAUAUGAAUGGUGUCUUUCUAGUUUGAAAGGCAGACAAAAAUGUAAAUGUUCCUUAAUGGAAAUCUGUUAAAUUAUGGUAUAUUUCUAGAAUGGGAUAUUAUCCAGUAAUUAAAAAUGAUUGUGAUAGAUUGGGUCAACAUGAAAAGUAAACAAUAUUAUCAACUAAAAUAUUUCAGAAGAAUAUAUAUUUUCAGUUUUAUAAAAGUAAGAAAGGAAAUGGUGUAUACAUAGAUGCAUUAAAAUGUACGGGAGAAAUUAAAACUGUAAUGUCAACAGUGUUUCUCGGGGCAGUGGGACUGUGAAUUUAUAGGGUGGAAUUUUGGAUUUGCAAGUGCCAGAAAAUGGGACCCACAUGGAUCUAAGGAAUCCGGGGACUAUAAGGACUGACGCAGCGACUUGUGGUCAUCAAAGAUGGGGUUUCUGGUGGAUUCUCUGCUCCCCCUUCGCCAUUGUCCAUCUCAGCAUCUGUCCGCACACGGGGGCUCCUUCCCAUAGUCACGUGCUUUGGCGGACCUGCUGCCCCUGCAGAGGAAGGGAAAAGGGUCUCUUCCAAUGGCUCUUGAUUAAGCCCGGGGUUCUGCUCCCCGUGUCCAAAUUAGGGUCUGUGCCCAGCUCUGAACCAUCACUGGAGCCUCGAAGGCAGGACUGUGUUCAGCCGGUCUGGGCUCAGCUCUGGAGCUGGGAUUGAGCGCAACACGCCCAGAGCGGCUGAGAGGGUAAAAACCCCAGUGGGAAACCAGGGUCCCAUCAGCAGAGGAGGGGAAGGGCACUCCGAGAAGCAGCCCACAGGUGUGCGUUGACCGUGGGUGUGCUCCUGUCAGUGCUGUGAAUUGCCCAAUAAACUUGUGUACUUUUUGUAAAA